CGCUUCACUGAGACAGAAACCCUACAGAGCUUCCGUGUGUGUGUGUGUGUGUGAGCAUCUCAGUCUGAGUGCAGCCAUGGCCAAGCUGGUGGAGUGUGUGCCCAACUUCUCGGAGGGACGAGAUAAAGAGGUGAUUAAGGCCAUCGCUGAUGCCAUUUCUGCUACAGAGGGCUGCAGUGUGCUGGACGUGGACCCCGGGGCCUCCACUAACCGCACCGUCUACACCUUCGUAGGCUCUCCACAGGCCGUGGUAGAGGGAGCACUGAAUGCCGCCAGUGCUGCCUUCAGCCUCAUCGACAUGACCAAGCACAAGGGUGAGCACCCUCGGAGCGGCGCUAUGGAUGUUUGUCCCUUCAUCCCAGUGCAGAACACCAGCAUGGAGGAGUGUGUGACCUGCGCUAAUGAGUUUGGGAGGAGAUUAGCAGAGAUGCUGCAUGUUCCAGUGUAUCUGUACGGAGAGGCAGCGAGGACUGAGAGCAGGCGUUCUCUGCCGUCUAUCCGUGCAGGAGAGUAUGAAGCUUUAGCAGAGAAGCUGAAGAAGAGUGAAUGGACUCCAGACUUUGGUCCAUCUACAUUUGUCCCUUCGUGGGGCGCCACAGUCACCGGCGCUCGAAAAUUCCUCAUCGCUUACAACGUCAACCUGCUGAGCACCAAGGAACAAGCUCACCGCAUCUCUCUGGACAUCCGAGAGCAGGGCAGGGGCAAAGGACAGCCAGGGCUGCUGAAGAAGGUGCAGGGGAUGGGCUGGUACCUGGAUGAGGAGAACCUGGCUCAGGUGUCCACCAACAUCCUGGACUUUGAGGUCACGCCGCUCCACACCGUCUAUGAGGAAAUCUGCAGAGAUGCAAGAGAGUUGAACCUGUCGGUGGUCGGCUCUCAGAUUGUCGGACUGAUUCCUCUAAAAGCGGUUCUGGACUGCGCAGAAUUUUACAUCCAGAAAGGGAAACUUUUCAUCUUAGAAGAGGAGCACAGAGUGCGGCUGGUGAUUAGUAAACUGGGUUUGGACUCUCUGGGGCCGUUUGUUCCUAAAGAGAGAAUCAUAGAGUACAUGGUGGAAGCCAAUCAGAUUGAGAGACAGUUGGCGUCUCUUUCUCUGCGCCAGUUUGUCCAAAGUGUCGGCGCUCGAACCCCGGCGCCUGGAGGGGGCUCCGUUUCUGCUGCCAUUGCUGCCAUGGGUGCAGCUCUGGGCUGUAUGGUGGGACAGAUGACGUACGGUAAGAAGCAGUUUGAGGCAUUGGAUAGUGUGAUGAGGAAACUCAUCCCUCCUUUCCAUCAGGCCAUGAACGAGCUGCUGCUAACCGUUGACGCUGAUUCAACUGCCUUCAACAGCUACAUGGCUGCGUUGAAAAUGCCCAAGAGCACAGCGGAGGAAACUGAGAGGAGACAGAAGGCCAUGCAGGAGGGACUGAAGAAGGCUGUCAGUGUUCCCAUGUCUCUGGCUGAGAGAGUGACACUGCUGUGGCCAACGCUGAAGGAGCUGGUGAUACAUGGCAACCUGGCCUGCAAGUCAGAUGUCCAGGUAGCAGCUAAAGCUCUGGAGACAGCCGUGUUUGGUGCUUACUACAAUGUCAUCAUCAACCUCAAAGACAUCACUGAUGAGACGUUCAGGAGUGCCAUGGAGGAGAGAGCAUCUGCACUGCUAAAGCAGGCCAGAGAGAGUGCUAAUGAAGUGCUGGAUGCUGCAAAUAAACGCCAAUAACACACACACACACACACACACACACACACACACACACACGCACAUACACGCACAUGGUUGAUACACACUACAGCAGGUGAACAUACACAUACACACACACAUACACACACACACACACACAUACACACACACGCACAUGGUCGAUACACACUACAGCAGGUGAACAUACACACAUACACACAAACAUACACACACACACACAAACAUACACACACACACACACACACACACACGGUAGAUACACACUACAGCAGAUGAACAGUGUGAGUAAUUCUCUAACAGACACACAGUAUUGUUCCACUUCAUGAACAUUAAUGCUUUGUGUUGAGCUUAAAAACAUUCAGCCUGCAAACACACACUGAGUCUGACCUGGUGUAAUAACCAACACACUGAGUCUGACCUGGUGUAAUAACCAACACACUGAGUCUGACCUGGUGUAAUAACCAACACACUGAGUCUGACCUGGUGUAAUAACCAACACACUGAGUCUGACCUGGUGUAAUAACCAACACACUGAGUCUGACCUGGUGUAAUAACCAACACACUGAGUCUGACCUGGUGUAAUAACCAACACACUGAGUCUGACCUGGUGUAAUAACCAACACACUGAGUCUGACCUGGUGUAAUAACCAACACACUGAGUCUGACCUGGUGUAAUAACCAACACACUGAGUCUGACCUGGUGUAAUAACCAACACACUGAGUCUGACCUGGUGUAAUAACCAACACACUGAGUCUGACCUGGUGUAAUAACCAACACACUGAGUCUGACCUGGUGUAAUAACCAACACACUGAGUCUGACCUGGUGUAAUAACCAACACACUGAGUCUGACCUGGUGUAAUAACCAACACACUGAGUCUGACCUGGUGUAAUAACCAACACACUGAGUCUGACCUGGUGUAAUAACCAACACACUGAGUCUGACCUGGUGUAAUAACCAACACACUGAGUCUGACCUGGUGUAAUAACCAACACGCUGAGUCUAAUCUACUGUUAAAAUAACCACUGAGUCUGAUCUAGUGUUAUAAUAAACACUGAGUCUGAUCUAGUGUUAUAAUAAAUACUGAGUCUGAUCUAGUGUUAUAAUAAAUACUGAGUCUAAUCUAUUAUUAUAAACACACUGAGUCUGAUCUAGUGUUAAAAUAAACAGUGAGUCUAAUCUAGUGUUAUAAUAAACACAGUCUGAUCUAGUGUUAUAAUAAACACUGAGUCUGAUCUAUUGUUAUAAUAAAAACUGAGUCUGAUCUAAUGUUAUUAUAAACACA